UAUGAAACUCCUGCCUAACAGUUGUAUAAUAUUAUCACUGGUUAAUAUAUCCCUAAAAAUACAAAAAUAAUAAUUUUAUAAGCAAUAUACACAUGUUAUUUUUCGGUAAUCAUUCAAAAUUGUAUAAUGAAUAGUAUUUUUUUUUCAUGAAUAAUUUACCAUAACUUAAUAGUAGGUAGAUAAAUAUUUCAUAAAUAACCUGUUAAUAACAUAAUAUUAUUUUCGUCACCAGUCAUGAAGUCAACAUAUACUUUUAAUCUGAUCAUAUAUUCAUGCUUCAUAUUGGGAACGGUCGUUUUGUGUGAUAGAGAAUUCAAAAAACGACAAACAAAAUCUUGCAAUAAAGAAACAGAAUACACUUGUGGAUCCGGCCAAUGCAUUGAUAUCACAUCUAUUUGUGAUGGAUUACGAGAUUGCAUUGAUGGAUCUGAUGAAACAAAAGUUAUAUGUGGAUCGACCAUGUGUCCAACAUAUGCAUUCAAGUGCACAUACGGUGCUUGUAUAAAUGUAGAAAGUAUAUGUGAUGGUGUAGAACAGUGUUUUGACGGUUCUGACGAGAAAGAAUGUACCGAUUUAAUUUCACCACCAGUAACUGUAGGCUCUGUAGAAAACUCUGAAAAUAUUACAAUGGUAUCGACAACUACAGAAUCAGUCUACUAUACCGACAUCUACAGUAUCGAUAACAAAACUUGCGUGAUACCAAACAUCGAGGGAACCGAGCACUUUUUUAAGGAUUCAAUUCAAAACAUUCCCGUUUCAAAUGGGGCUGUUGUUGAUCCUUAUCGCAUAGUUGAAGUAGAGUGCGAAGAAGGAUAUUAUAAAACUAUUCCGUACAAAUUUAUGGUUUGUUCUGAGUCUGGACAAUGGAAGCCAUUUGUUUCUAAUAAAUUUUGUUUGAAAAAAUGUCCUCCUAUGGUAUCAGAUAUAUUAGAUAUUAAAUGUUCACUGAACGGAUAUAAUGUAAAUUGUUCAACACCAUCAGAACCCGGUACUAUAUUAACACAAUCGUGUAAAGUCAUGAAUUCACAUCAUUUAUCAAAAGGACAAGAAAUAACGGAUACUUCUAAAGAGUUGCUUUGUCUUAAAAAUGCAGAAUGGAAUGGACAACUACUUACCACUUGUACAUCACGUAAAGAAUUAAUUCCAAAUAAAAUGAAAGAAUCAUCUGUAACAGCACCUUGGAAUGUGGAAAUAUAUAAAAUUAAUAGCGAUGGUCAUUAUUACCGAACAUGUGGAGGAACACUGAUUGCUCCAAAUUUAGUUAUCUCUGCUGCUCAUUGUUUUUGGAAAAAGGGGUUAAGGAGGACAAUUAUAACAAAUGAAAACAAUAAUAUUAAAAUUGCCGUCGGAAAAGAAACUAAUUAUUUUUCUGUGAUAGACAAUAAAUAUACACAGUUUAUAGACAUAAAAUCAAUUUAUCUUAAGGAACGUUAUGAUGGCUCAUUUGGAAUGUAUGCUGAUGACAUUUCUAUAAUUGUGUUAGCAACCAACAUUGCCUUUAGUAAUGGUGUUUUGCCCGCUUCUAUCGAUUGGUCAUCAAAAUAUUCGCUUUCUAAUGGAGAUUUAGGAAAGAUGUUUGGCUUGGGAAUCAAUAAUACUUGUACUGGAGAAAAUAAAUCGAUAUUAAAAUUAUAUACUUUAUCAUAUAUUGACCAUAGUACAUGUCGGCAAAUGUACAGAAAUGGAUUUGAAAAUUACAUUACCAGAGAUAAAGUUUGCACUGAUUAUAAAUUAGUUGCAGGAGAAAAAAAUCUUUUAGGUUUUGGCGGUUCGGGCUUAAUAUUUGAACAGUAUGAACACAAUAUGCCUGUACAAUUUUUAACUGGAGUACUUAGUAUCAAGGAUUUAAAUUCAAUGAAAUCAGUAGCAGUAUUUACAAGCAUACAACACCACAUACAAUGGAUUCGUAAUAUUUAUUUAAAUCAUGGAACUAAACCUAUAAGAAUAAGGAGCCAACGUUAUACUCCAGUAAAUUAUUUAUUACAUAAUAUUAGCCAAAUAGUCAUCUCAAAGUUUUUAUCAGUCAUCGGAACCUCUUCGCUUAUAUAGCUGACCUCCUGCACUAAAUAAACGUUCCACGUGAGCUGAAGAAGGAGUUGCUGUAGCCUGUAAUAGAUUGAAUAUACCUAAGCAUUUUUUUUAAACUAUUGGAAAAUCUAUAGCGGAGUUUUAAUAUUGAUGUUUGAAAAAUAAUUAUUUGCAAUAAUUUGUAUACCUACCAUUAUUUUCAACAUAUUGGUUUUAUUUUAAAUAGGUUAUAGGUAUGAGCAUUGAGCAUAAUCCAAAACAGUAAUGACUAUCAUUUGGUUAUUCGUGACGAAAAUAUUUUAUAAUAAUGUGUUCUUGAGAAUUGUAUAUUUAUGAUUUGUACCUACUACACCUACCACCUAUCAGAAUAUUACUUAUUAGUAUUUAUUAUUAUUAUUAUUAUUACAACAUGUCAAUAUGUCCGUA